AUGGACGCUACAAAAAAGCAAUUGACCAAACCAAGUACCGCAACUAAGAAGGUAACGAACUAUGAGAAACAAAGAAUGAAGAAUAUUAAUAAAAACCGUGAGAGAAUGAAUGCUCUAGGAGUGAAGAAUAUAGCAACUUGUUUGAAGGCUACGGUUCAACAUAAGAAAUUGAGGAAGGAAAAACAAAUACCAAUUGAGGAAAAUGAUGAUGAUUAUCAACCGUCAGAGGCUGAAGAUGGCAGUGACACUGAAACCUAUGAUUCGUUUGAGCAUGAGCUGUUAGAGAUACCAUCGAGAGCCCGUUCACAAUCUCAUAAUGAGGCAUUGACCCACACAUUAGAAGAGGGGGAUACCUCUUCACGUCCUGAGGUGACUAGCAAUCCGUCACUACCUCUCAAUGUGGAGCCUCAACUUGAGGUGACUGCUGGUAAUACUAUUGCUGCUAAGCAUGCUCGUGGCCCGACUCGAGGCAAAGAGGUUCAAGGCCUUGUUGAUAAAGAUGGAAAGCUUAGCGUGCCUAUCCCUCCAGAAUUUCGUGCACCGGUAGGGGACUAUGCCGCAAAACUAGCCUCAAAGAUUGGUGUAGAAGUGCGAACUCGUUUACCAAAUCCAAGUGUUCGUAGGUGGAAGUAUGUUGAUGCCUCCGUUAAGGAGGCGAUGUUUCAACGCUUGAAUGAUCAAUUUGAUUUACAAGGAGACCCUGUUGAUAUAGAGAAGGCAAUGAACACAAAAUUUGGUCGGAGAUUGAGUAACCAUACCUAUAGGCUGCACAAACAAUUCAUGGAGCUGAAGGAGGCUAAAGGGGAGAAGUACGCAAGAAACCACCCACCGAAGAAUGUCGAUCCUACCAAGUGGAUAGAUCUUAUUGAUAAAAAAUGGAACACUAAAGAAUUUCUAGUAACAUUUUCAUCUUUUUUAUUAUAUUAGCGAAGAAAGAAUUUGAUUAGAAUAGGGAGAGAUUCUAAAACAACUAGAAAGAACACAAUCAAUUUGCUGUGAAAUUCCAUAUGUAUUCUUUUCCCUUUAUCUUCUAGGCAUGUAAGUGGAACAUAAUAAAAACCAAAUAAGUGGAAAAAUGAGAAAGGGAAACUAUUAAACAUGGAUUGGAAGGCUCGCAUAAUAGGAGAUUAAUUUAUGGUUCCUUAAAGUGCAUCUUUCACAUCAUAGAAUAAAGAACUAAGAUUUCAGUUUCUAUGAUUGUAUUAAUUUUCUGUUUGUUCUUGGGUUUGGUCUAAAGUUUCAU